CGCCGCCGUCUUCCCUCCUCCCCCUUCCCUUCCUCCUCCCCCAAGAUGGCGGCGGCGGCGACGGCCGGCGGCGACGCGGGCCCGGCCCCGGUGCGGCUGCGGCUGCUGUUCGACUACCCGCCGCCGGGCAGCCCGGGCUGCGCGCUGUGCUGGCUGCUGCUGGAGCCCGGCCAGGUGCGCCUCGUCACCGACCUGCUCAGCCUCAUCCGCCACCGCUUCGGCUUCAGCCGCCGCGCCCGCCUCAGCCUCUUCCUGGAGGGGGCGCUGCUGCCCCCCACCGAGAGCGCCCGCCUCGUGCGGGACAACGACUCCCUGCGAGUAAAACUGGAAGAGGUAGUGGCAGAUGAUUCCGAAGAGAUAGACAGCGGCUUCUUUGGUACGUCAAGGCAAGUCCAAAAAAGGCACAGACAAAAGCUGGAAGAGGAAGGAUUCUCUAGAAGUGAAGAAGACAGACACAAAAGGGAAAAGAAAAGGAAUAAACAUAAUCCUGAGUAUUCCUCCUGUAGGGAAGAAACCUCUGCGAAUAGUUGGGACUCUCAAAAAAAGUACAAGAAAAGAAAAAGGAAGGAAGAAAUUACUGAAAAAGAAAGAGUCACAGAAGGUAAGGAGGAGAGCUCUACUGAUCAACUUAAAAAGCUUAAAAAAACAGGGAGGGAGAAGGAGUUGGCAACAAAAAGGAAGGAUGGAAAGCACACAAAGGCUGCUGGAGCAAAGACGGCUUUAGAACUGGUGAAUGACAGCUUUCCCCUAAAUUCUGGUAAAAGUAACACCAAAAAAAUCACAACACAAUCCAGGAACAAGACGGUGGGAGCUUCAGAAUCCGAUUCCUCCAGCACAUCAUCCGACAGUGACAGCAGUGAAGUAAAUAUAAAGCAGAGUAAAUCUUCCCAUAAACCUGUGGUGGCAACACUUCCCAGAAGCGCAUCCCAAGUUGCUGCAAAUUCUGAUGUGAAAACUGCUGUUUCUAGUAAAGUGACUGUAAAGUCUAAAGCUGAAAACUCCACUAAGACUGCAGUUAGUAAAAAAUCUAAAAAGUCCCAGUCCUCUAGCUCCGAUUCUGACUCAAGCGCAGAGGACAACAAAGUGGUAACAGCACAAAACAGUACCACAAAGAAAAAGCCACUGCCUAAUAAUGCAGCCGCUGUAAAAACCAGUACCCCAAAGGCUCCCAAUGCAAAGAUCUCCUCUUCAGAGUCUGAUAGUUCAGAUUCAGAAACACUUGUUAUUAAAAAACCCAAAGCAAAUGCUGGACCGAGUAAUUCUGUAGUAAGAAAUGGUGAUAAACAGUCGGCAGCCAGCGUUCAAGGAGCGCUGCCCAGCCCAGUUCUCGGAAGGGGGCGAGGAAUGGGAGAUGAAAACUUCUGGAGAGGAUCGAGGGGCCGCGGGUUUCGUGGGAUGACGAGGGGCCGCGGCCGUGGGAGAGGAGAAAACCAGGGCUUCUUCUAUAACUACGACAGUGAAGGCCAGAAACAGAGGCAGUUAAAUGAAGCAGUAACAAACACUUCUGUUCUUGUGCAGAAUCCUGUGGAGGUCCCCAAGAGAAACUACAGCGUAUUACCUCUUCUAGCUGCCCCACCACAAGUGGGAGAAAGAAUUGCCUUUAAGCGCUUGGAACUAACUGAUAAUUACAGUCCUGAAGUUUCAGACUAUAAGGAAGGGAAAAUAAUCAGUUGGAACGCUGAUAAGAAACAGAUAGAGCUUGAGAUCCUUUCAUCACCUGCAGUGGCUAAAGAACCAGGGAAAUUUGAUCUCGUUUACCAGUCUGCAGAUGGAGCUGAGCUGAUAGAGUACGCUGUUUCUCAGGAUACAAAGAUAACUGAAAGUUGGGAUGCAUUGAUAGAGCCAAGAUUGAUUGUUGAGCCUCCGAUUAAUGGAUCGAGCCUUGAAAAUGGAAAAAUCUAAGAUAUGAACAAAUGUAAAUAACUCUACGGACUGUUUUGUGAAGUACUACCUUCUAGUUACGAAGACAGCAGAUCCACUGGUGGAUAUUUUUAAUAAAUGAUUUUUAAAUGAAAUUAUGCCAAAAGAAAAAUAAAUACUUCUUUUUUUCUUAGGAUAUGUUUUUAUUUAAUAUAGGAAUGCUUUGUUUAAUAUAGGAAGUAUUUUUUUAUAGAAGCUUAAUAACAAUUUUUACAUCCUAUGGCUCUGAGUUGCAAAAUUGGAACGGUUUGCUCAAAGAGAUAAAGUAAGACUUUCUGAUACUGUCAGUAGCUCCACUUUGUCUAGCCAGACUAGAGCAGUAUAACUGCAAUACAAAGGUGACUUGCUGUGAGGAUAAUUAAAAACAGCAUUAAAAAUUAAAUCGAAGUAUUAUUGAUAGGCAUUUCUCCUUCUCCACAGCUACAGAGCACAAUACAAAUGCUGUGAUUUUGCAGUUAUAUACAGAGUUCAUUUGAACAUGUCAAGAAAAGAUUUAUUGAUAUUAAGCUUCUGUAAUUUUGAGAGCUGAUAAAUAGUAUUGGUAAGUGAGAACUUUAUCUAGAACCAGUGGAACAUAACAUGAGUCCCAGGCAAAAUUAUGUCCCAGUGUAUUAAUCUGUGUAGGCUCUGAAACUUUUCAGGAAACCCUUUUGCCCUUUCAAUGCCGAAGUGUCUGUCCCGGCUCUCUUCUUUCCUUGAGUACCUGAAUGGGUCACCAGCUGGUGGCAGUGCAUUUCACUGACGUCUUUGCUAACUAUUGGCAUUGAGGUAGUACCUAGAACACUUAUCUGUAAGAUACUGUACUUUGCCAAUAUGUAAUCUUACUAUUUAAGAUAAUCCUUGUCCCAGAUAAUUGACUCUAAAGAAGAAAAGAUGAAAAAAUAUCUGGAUACAAACUCCUGAAGAAUUGUACAUUAUGGUUAAGCUAAAAUAUAUUAUCUGGCUAAUGCAUGGUUAUAGUAAAAUAUUACACACCUUUGCAUUAUUCCUGUUAAAAUGUCUUGUUCAUGAAAAACACUUCUAUGUGAGUAAAAAAUUAAUUUCCAUGCUGCA